CUCUGCGCAGGCGCAGUCCGUUCUCCCGGCUCGGGGGCCUUGGCGCCAUUGGCAGACAGUGUGCGGCUGUGAGCGAGGCUGUGAGGAGCGCGGGCAGGUCACGUGUCGCUGGCUGGAGCCGGAGAUCGCACACGGUGGGGGGCAUUACCUGCCCGGCUUGGGGGCAGAACCGAGACCCCCCUACACUGCGAGUCUGACAGAACCGGGGCCCCCAGGGGACACACAGCUCGGCAGGCAUGAAGGGUAGCCGAAUUGAGCUGGGAGAUGUGACGCCACAUAACAUAAAGCAACUGAAGCGGUUGAAUCAAGUGAUUUUCCCAGUGAGCUAUAAUGACAAGUUCUACAAAGACGUAUUGGAGGUUGGGGAGCUCGCCAAACUUGCAUAUUUCAAUGACAUUGCAGUGGGUGCUGUGUGCUGUAGAGUGGACCAUUCUCAAAAUCAGAAGCGGCUUUACAUCAUGACGCUAGGGUGUUUGGCACCGUACCGUAGACUGGGAAUAGGAACAAAAAUGUUGAACCACGUUUUAAACAUUUGCGAAAAAGAUGGCACCUUUGACAACAUUUAUUUGCAUGUCCAGAUCAGUAACGAAUCCGCCAUAGACUUCUACAGAAAAUUUGGCUUUGAGAUCAUUGAAACAAAGAAAAACUAUUACAAGAGGAUAGAGCCAGCUGAUGCCCACGUGCUUCAAAAAAACCUGAAACCCUCUUCCCCUGGCCAGAACGCAGACUCGCAAAACUGAUUGGACAUCCAUGGACGCGUUUCUUGCACUCGCUUGUCGCCAAAUAUGGAAAGAGACCCACUGAGUUUUAAUCCUACCGUACACUUCUAUCUCUUCUUCUUUCUCCACUACAAAAAUAAUAAAAAAAAAUAAUGCUUCUUCCAAGAGCUGUACAAUCUGUCACACAUAAUAUUUUGUUUGUUUGAACUCAGAUGUUUUUUUUUCCCAUUUGUGGAGAUCAUACUGACAGGGAAGAAUGGAUUUACUUUGGCUUUUCUCAGCACUUUUCCCCCCUUUUGUUUGGGAGUGAGUUGAUUCUGUCAGUCUGGAAUAGCCUUUAAAUAAAAUCUAAUUUCUUUUUAGCAUUCUCUUUAAAA